UUCCUUAUUUAGAGAAACCUCGAUGGGAAUUUGUAUAGCAACUCUUUUAUCGCUUAUGUGUUUUAGCGGUUUGCUUUUCAUCAAUAAUAUAUGGAUUCAUUUUAUCACCAUUGGUGUAUUCGGCUUCUUUUUGAUCAGUUACAUUUCUGUUGGUUAUGAAUAUGGUAUUGAAUUGACUUACCCAGAUUUGGAAAUUAUAUCGGCAAGUUUACUUACACUUUCAGCUAUGGUAUUUGGAAUUGCUUUAACUGAAAUAUCUUCUUUUAUAAUGACAAACGUAAGUGUUCUCGCUUCUAAUGGAGUUUUGUGCAUCAAUCUGUUCUUUUGUUGCAUUUUGUCAAGUUUCAUGACAACUGAAUAUAAAAGAAGCAAGAAAAAUGUUGAUGAGACUGUUUCUACCCCUUAAAAUCGCACAUACUUUUUAUUCCUCUUGGAAAAAAAAAUACCGAGGA